AGUGAGCAAUCGUUCCCAGUUCGUCACACAAGUGCCCAACAGUUCUAAAGAAAACGAGCAAAAGCAGCCGACAUCGGUCCCAUAUAUGUCGGGGAAGAAAACACAAGUCGGAAGCCAGAAAGUUGAAGGACCAAGAAAACCAAAGUUCACGACAUACACGAGAAACAUAGCAAAAAUGGCAGAAAACAAGAAGAAAUACAUAACGUCGGAUGAGCUGAAGAAGCACAACAAGCCUGAUGACCUGUGGCUUUCGGUCCAGGGGAAGGUUUACAAUGUCACAGAAUGGGCAAAGAUUCACCCUGGUGGGGCUACACCUCUCCUGCAUUUGGCUGGUCAGGAUGUCACAGAUGCAUUCAUUGCUUUCCAUCCAGGUUCCGCCUGGAAACAUCUUGACAGGUUCUUUACGGGCUACCACCUGGAAGAUUUCCAGGUUUCAGAUGUUUCCAAGGACUACAGAAAGCUCGUAACGCAGUUUACAAAAUCAGGGAUGUUUCAGAAGAAAGGCCACGGUGUUAUUUAUUCCAUGUGCUUCAUUGCUUUGCUCUUUUACGCCUGUCUCUAUGGCGUUCUUUACUGCAAAAGUUUCUGGAUUCAUAUGCUUUCCGCUGCAAUUUUGGGGAUUGCCUGGAUGCAGGUGACUUAUUUGGGCCACGAUUCUGGUCACUAUGAGAUAAUGAUGAAUCCUGGAUUCAACAAACUCGCGCAGAUUGUGACCGGUAAUUGCCUGACAGGGAUCAGCAUUGCUUGGUGGAAAUGGACCCACAACGCCCAUCAUGUUGCCUGCAACAGCCUCGACCACGAUCCUGAUCUUCAGCAUUUGCCCUUUUUUGCCGUAUCAUCAAGACUGUUUCAAUCCCUCAUGUCCCAAUUUUACGGCAGAAAACUCACGUUCGAUUCCAUGGCAAGGUUUCUUGUGAGUUAUCAGCAUUUGACAUUCUACCCGGUGAUGUGCGUUGCCAGAGUCAAUCUUUAUGUACAGACAUUAUUGCUUCUGUUCUCACCAAAGAGAAGAGUCCCCGACAGAGCACUCAACAUAUUUGGAGUUGUUGUUUUCUGGACCUGGUUCCCUCUUCUCCUUUCGCAUUUGCCUAACUGGAAUGAACGGAUCCUUUUUGUCCUGGCAAGCUUUUGCGUCACCUCAAUUCAGCACAUCCAGUUCUGUUUGAACCAUUUCGCUGCAAAUGUGUAUGUUGGAGCUCCAAAAGGAAACGACUGGUUCGAGAAACAGACUAGUGGGACGAUUGACAUAUCGUGCUCGCCUCAGAUGGAUUGGUUCUUUGGAGGACUGCAGUUCCAGCUCGAACAUCAUUUGUUUCCGAGGUUGCCUAGGUGCCAUUUGAGGAAUAUUUCUCCCUUGGUCCAGGACCUGUGUAAGAAGCACAACUUGCCUUACCGGAGUCUUUCGUUUCUCGAUGCCAAUAAGUUGACUUUCAGGACUUUAAAAACUGCAGCAAUGGAGGCCAGAGAUUUCUCGUCCCCUGUUCCCAAGAACUUGCUCUGGGAAGCUGUAAACACACAUGGAUGAAGAUCUUCAGACAGCUUGUCAAGACUUUUCUUCGUUACUCUGCUGAUUUACUUACCAGGUUUCACCACAAAUAGAAAACUAGGAUUUGAAUGAAGUAGGUACUAUUGCACUUUCAUUAACAGCUUUUAAUAAUAUUGUAUGAAACAUUACAUGCAGCCAGACAGGUAUGCCUUGAAAUAAUUCACAACUUCUUCUUUUUCUAGA